GAGGGGACCCUAAACAAUGGCCUCCCUCAACAGAACACGCAGAGAUCAGAUCGCAAUUUCAGAGAUUCCGUUUCAGAAAACUUACAAUUAUGCUCUGUGAAACCUCCGAUUAUCCUCCAAAAUCGCUUCAAUUCAAGCACAACGACAAAUUCUUCUCCAAGCUUCUCACCAGAGAAAGUUCCAGAGCCAAUCACUCUUCCAGAAUCUACUAUGGCGGAUUGGCCGGUGCUGUUCCUUUCGUUUGGGAGUCUCAGCCAGGUACGCCUCUUCACCGAUUUUCCGAUGAUCUAACUCCUCCUCUCACUCCUCCUCCUUCUUACUUUUCUCAUUCUCUUCAAAAACCGCCAAAAAACCGCUCCAAAUCGCUCUCUCUUUUCCAUAUCUUCUUCAAUCACAAGAGGAAACUCGAUCUAUUGACGCCGCCGGUUUCCAAAUCGGCGUCAUUGCCGUCUUCCGGAUCGACGUUCGAUUCGGCCGUCGGUGCGGCGGUUUGCGCUCGGAGUCUCGCGUUCGAAGGAGGGAGAGGAUGCGGCGGCCUCCGGCUCAGUGCUUUGUUUCGGAAUCGGUAGAUGAGCGGCGGUGAGAUUGACAAACUUCACUGGUUCAGAAUCUGAAUCGGAAUCGGAAUCGGAAUCUUAAUCGGAGUAAAUCUUUAGAAUAAUUGUUAUGUUCAUUUGGUGUAUGGUAUCGAUAAGUCCAAAGGGAUUGGUUGAAAAUUUGUAAAAAUAAUAAUAAUAAUAAUAAUAAAGUUUAUCUAAUCAUCUUUUUUAA